AUGGACAAGGUCACCAAUGUCCGUAACAUGUCUGUCAUUGCCCACGUCGAUCACGGUAAAUCUACUUUAUCUGAUUCUUUGGUUCAAAAAGCUGGUAUUAUUUCCGCUGCCAAAGCUGGUGAUGCCAGAUUUAUGGAUACCAGAAAAGAUGAACAAGAAAGAGGUAUUACUAUUAAAUCUACUGCUAUUUCUUUGUAUGCUUCCAUGUCUGACGAGGAUGUCAAAGACAUCAAACAAAAGACCGAUGGUAACUCCUUUUUGGUUAACUUGAUUGAUUCCCCCGGUCACGUUGAUUUCUCCUCUGAAGUUACUGCUGCUUUGAGAGUCACUGAUGGUGCUUUGGUUGUCGUUGAUACCGUUGAAGGUGUCUGUGUCCAAACUGAAACCGUUUUGAGACAAGCUUUGGGUGAAAGAAUUAAACCAGUUGUUGUUAUUAACAAAGUCGACAGAGCUUUAUUGGAAUUGCAAACCACCAAAGAAGAUUUGUACCAAACUUUUGCCAGAACUGUUGAAUCCGUUAACGUUAUUAUCUCCACUUACUGUGACCCAGUUUUAGGUGAUGUUCAAGUCUACCCACAAAAAGGAACAGUAGCUUUUGCCUCAGGUUUACACGGUUGGGCUUUCACUGUUAGACAAUUUGCCAACAAGUAUUCCAAAAAAUUCGGUGUUGACAAAGAAAAGAUGAUGGAAAGAUUGUGGGGUGAUUCUUACUUCAACCCAAAGACCAAGAAAUGGACCAACAAAGACAAAGACGCUGAUGGUAAACCAUUGGAAAGAGCUUUCAACAUGUUCAUUUUGGACCCAAUUUUCAGAUUGUUUGCUGCCAUCAUGAACUUCAAAAAAGAUGAAAUUCCAGUUUUGUUAGAAAAAUUGGAAAUCCAAUUGAAAGGUGACGAAAAAGAUUUGGAAGGUAAAGCUUUGUUGAAGGUUGUCAUGAGAAAAUUCUUGCCAGCUGCUGAUGCCUUAUUGGAAAUGAUUGUCUUGCACUUGCCAUCUCCAGUUACUGCUCAAGCUUACAGAGCCGAAACUUUGUACGAAGGUCCAUCUGAUGAUCCAUUCUGUACUGCUAUCAGAAACUGUGACCCUAACGCUGACUUGAUGUUGUACGUCUCCAAGAUGGUUCCUACAUCCGAUAAAGGUAGAUUCUACGCUUUUGGUAGAGUUUUCGCUGGUACCGUUAAAUCUGGUCAAAAAGUUAGAAUCCAAGGUCCAAACUACCAAGUUGGUAAGAAAGAAGACUUGUUCUUGAAAUCUAUCCAAAGAACUGUGUUGAUGAUGGGUAGAUCUGUUGAACAAAUUGAUGACUGUCCAGCUGGUAACAUUAUUGGUUUAGUUGGUAUUGAUCAAUUCUUGUUGAAAUCUGGUACCAUUACUACCAAUGAAGCUGCUCACAACAUGAAGGUUAUGAAAUUCUCUGUCUCCCCAGUUGUGCAAGUUGCCGUUGAAGUGAAGAACGCUAACGAUUUACCAAAAUUAGUCGAAGGUUUAAAGAGAUUGUCCAAAUCCGAUCCAUGUGUUUUGACUUACAUGUCCGAAUCUGGUGAACAUAUUGUUGCUGGUACCGGUGAAUUGCACUUGGAAAUUUGUUUACAAGAUUUAGAAAACGAUCAUGCUGGUGUUCCAUUGAGAAUCUCCCCACCAGUUGUUUCUUACAGAGAAACUGUUGAAGGUGAAUCCUCCAUGGUUGCCUUGUCCAAAUCACCAAACAAGCAUAACAGAAUUUAUGUUAAAGCUCAACCAAUUGAUGAAGAAGUUUCUUUGGAUAUUGAAAAUGGUGUUAUCAACCCAAGAGAUGAUUUCAAAGCCAGAGCUAGAAUUUUGGCUGACAAACACGGUUGGGAUGUCGUUGAUGCCAGAAAGAUUUGGUGUUUCGGUCCAGAUGGUAACGGUCCUAACUUGGUUGUUGAUCAAACCAAGGCUGUUCAAUACUUGAACGAAAUUAAAGAUUCCGUUGUUGCUGCUUUCCAAUGGGCUACCAAAGAAGGUCCAAUCUUCGGUGAAAACUGUAGAUCCGUCAGAGUUAACAUUUUGGAUGUUACUUUGCAUGCUGAUGCUAUCCACAGAGGUGGUGGUCAAAUCAUCCCAACCAUGAGAAGAGUUACUUACGCUUCUAUGUUGUUGGCUGAACCAGCCAUUCAAGAACCAAUUUUCUUGGUUGAAAUUCAAUGUCCAGAAAACGCUAUUGGUGGUAUUUACUCAGUCUUGAACAAGAAGAGAGGUCAAGUUGUCUCUGAAGAACAAAGACCAGGUACUCCAUUGUUCACUGUUAAAGCUUACUUGCCAGUUAACGAAUCUUUCGGUUUCACUGGUGAAUUGAGACAAGCUACUGGUGGUCAAGCUUUCCCACAAUUGAUUUUCGACCAUUGGCAAGUCAUGUCCGGUGACGUUACCGAUGAAAACAGUAAACCUGGUGCUAUUGUCAAGGAAAAGAGAAUUAGAGCCGGUUUGAAACCAGAAGUUCCAGAAUACACUGAAUAUUACGAUAAAUUGUAA